AUGGCGGGGUGCCUUGCCCGGGCCGCAGCGCCCAUGGCCGACCCUCUCCUUGCAGUGACCUCGCAGACGGCCACUGGUGCCCAGCGCCGAGAGGAGCCGCUCCGUGGGCAUGGGCAGAAGGACAGAGCCUCUCCAGACCCACAGCACUCCUUGCUGGAGGCACUCUCCUUGCUCGGCAGCGAUGACUGGGAGAUGAAGGAGAAGGGACUCUUCAACAUCAAACACCUGGCUGGGUCCCAUUCAGAGGUCCUGCUGUGUAGACUUCAUGACGUUUGCUUGGCAGUUACCAGCGAGGUGGCCAACCUCCGUUCCAAGGUGUCCUACUCUGCAAUUGUCACUCUGGGAGAGCUCUUUGCGACCUUGAAGAAGAACAUGGACUCUGAGGUGGAUGAGGUUGCUCGGGUCCUUCUGCAGAUGGUGUCCAACUCCCCAGAAUUUGUUCAGAAAGCAGCCAGUCAGACCCUGGGGAUCAUGGUGGAGAAUGUGACUCCUGCACGAGCAAUGACUGCUCUCAUGGACAUGGGAGUCAAGAGCCGUCACGCCCAGGUGCGGAAGUGUGGGGCCGAGCUCCUCCUGUCCCUGAUGGAGAGAAUUGGAGUCACAAAGCUGGCAGGCACAGCCAGGGCUGAGAGGCUGGCACACGUGGCAGGGAAGCUUGCUCAGGACUGUCACAAAGACACAAGGCAUUAUGGACAGGAGAUGGUGAAGAUGUUGCUCAAUCAUCAAAAAUUUAAAAUGCUUUUGGAACGAUCUCUUUCCACCAGUGACCUGGAAGAUAUUCUGACAAGAAUGAAGAAGAAAGGGAUGGAAAACCAGAAGGCUGAACACCCAUCUGUCAAGGAGCUGGUGAAGAAGAGGAACGAUGGCUCCAAGAAGCCCCAGGCCACAUUGUCUUCUAGCAAACGGGUGAAAUCUACCUCUGAUGGAUGCCUCCUACACCGUGCACAAGCCCAGGUCACGUUACCUCCGGUUGAGGAAGAAACAGAGCUGCUCCAGAAGCUUUACAAUCUCCUGGAGGCCAAGGGGUUUCAGACGCGCAUGGAAGGAGUGUCACUCCUCCAAGACUUGUGCAAAACUAGCCCCCAGCUCAUCUCCACUAACAUUGUCCAGAUUUUUGAUUAUUUUGUCCUGAGAAUAUCUGACAGCCACAAGAAAGUGAAGCAGAAGGCGCUGGACGUGCUGGCUGAAAUCACAGGCGUCCUGAAAGAUGCCUUGAACCCGGUGAUCAUUGGUUUGGUGGAAGGAAUAACGAAGAACCUGAACUCCAAGGAUCCCAGGGUUCGUGCCGCAGCUGUGAAAGCGCUGGAAGAAUCCAUUGCUCAUUUAGGUAAGGCUGAGCCCUGGCAUGGACUCUCCUCACCUGUGUCUCUGUCUCUCUGACACAAGAGAGUGCCGAGUGCCUUGAUAGCUGCUGUUGUCUGUGGAAAGCUCCAGCUGGCAUCCCCCAGAAGCUGUGCAGGUGCAGUCCUUAUGCACCAGUCCCCCAACAGGCUUGAACGUGAUCAGCAUUUCCCAAAAGUCCCAGGAGCCCUUGGCUCUGUGCUGCCUGUCUGAAGAGCAAGUCCCAGACUACAGCUUUGCUACAGUUCAGAGGCAAAGGGGGUUUGGAGUUUGCUUGGGCCCCGUUUGACUUCCCAAAUGAAUAGCUUUGCUCUUGGCAUGAAGGGAGACUGACCCAUCAGAGCUCCUGCAGAGCAGCCACCGGGAAUGCUCUACAUGAUAGGCAUUAGCUGCCUAUUUACCCCUUUUCUUCUUUGUCUUGUAUUUUCAAAGGGGAACUUAGGAUUCGCCAAGUUCAUUUCUUUAUAACAAACAGGUAUAAACCCCGCUGUCAAUGAUGCCUUGUUCCACAUGUUGUUUUGCAUGGGGCAAGAUGUCUACAGCAGUUAGCUACAUAGGCAAAGGCUGCUCUCAAUUCCUUUGCCACACAGAUUUAUGUCAGCUCUGAAAAUGCCACACUGAGGAAAUGUGCCUGAAAAUAGGAGUGUUGAAGAGGCAGGUGUUCAAGGGGAGUUGCCACUUUCUCCUCCUCAGCUGCUCUGUGAAUUCAGGAACUGCCUGACUCGGUGCCUUUCUGUGUCCCAAGUAUGGGGUUCUUCCUUUUUGCUCUGGGAUGCAAAAUCUUUUCACUGCGUACAUGUGACUGAACUCUUGAGGUCCCUGAUGGGAAAUGUUUUAACAUAGCUCCUGAUACAGCAGACAACUUUGCAUUUACAAAUGUGAAAGGAGAGCUUUUCUUUUGCAAUUUAAAUCCCUGCCAAGCAGGCUGGAAGGAAAGAAGAAAAGGAUUCAAAAACCAGCAGAAAUGUACUUUAUUUUAUAGAAUGGGGUUGCCCCUACCCUUUCCCUCUGCACUGUCCUUUCUCCUAUGGUCUCAGAAAAGUGAGCAGAAACAUGUGUUUCAUUUGUAGAUAAAGUAUCACUGCUGAAGGAGUUCAGCUACCAGUGGAAUCAACUGAGUGGCCAAGCUCUGCUGGAUGUCACGGAGUGUAUCACAGGUAUGGCCUCCCCUUCUAGGCCAAGAGGUCUUCCCAGGGAGUAUUUACAGGCAAUGCCUGUGAGCAGACAGCAGAGUAGCUCCUCCAAACCAGGAGGUGCUGAGCUUGUCCUUCCUGCCCAGUGCCCAAGGCAGGUGUAUUUGGCAGGUUUCCCUGGCUGCUGCAGAGCUGUGCAGCAUCUGAGAUGGGGCAGAGCUCGGCCUCGGGGCUGAGCUCCCACUGGGGCAUCUCAGAACCCAGCUCCAGGAAAGGGAGGGGCUCAAAAUACCCCAGCUGGCUCCUCUCUUGGAAGCUCAGGGACAUCUGUCAUCUUUUCGGGAAAAUGGUGGCAAAUGCUGUUUCAGGGGAUCAGUUUGUUUUGUCCUCACAGAACUCUUGUUUUUCUCUUGGAAAGCUUUGAGGCUGAACUGUGCAGAGCCUGGGGUCACAGCUUAGGUCAAAACUCAACAGACGUAUUAGAGGCAGGGAUUUAGUGCAAGGCAGCCUUUGGGGGCAGAGGGGCAGAAGCAGAGUGCUGAGGCUCCCUGCCUGUGCUGCCAAAGUGGCACUGGACUGAGCAUUUCAGGGUGUGCAAACAGUGUCUGCCUGUGUCAGCACUGUCCCAAAUGUUACAAAUGCAGCUGAUAAUUGAUUCCUCAGAGGUGCUUGCUAUGUCAGCAAUACCCAAGGAAUGGGAAAAUUAUAAUCCCAAUAUAUAGUAGAACAGACUAUUGAUAGCCUUGCUUUAACUGGGGCUAAAGCCACUGCUAAUUAGGCCAACAUCUUUGAAUGCAAGGUUUAAUACACUUUGUGUCUUCAUUGGGAAUCUCAAAAGGGCAUGUUCAGCAAUUGGGAAUGUCAAAGGCCCUUUAAAGAGCUUUGAAAAAAGUAGAUCUCCAGCAACAGGGAAUUUAGUUUUACAGAUCUUUUGAUCUCUUUUUCAAAUAAAGGAAUGAAACAUAAAUUAGGACUACUUUAGAAAAAGUAGAUGUUCUCUCUGAGAUUCAGUAGGAAGAGACAGCUGUUCCUUACCUUCAAUAGUCACCAAUGUCUUUAAUUGUAUUUAAACUCAAAUGAAUUCCCAUGUUAAAAUGGGUAUCAUAACCCUUUUCCUGCUUAGCACAAUUGGGGUUUGGGUACUUUCAGGAGCUGUUUUAAUAUUGAUGACUGCCAGUGGAUUAAAAGCAUAGAGAAAAUGAAGUCUCUUCCACCACAGAAUAAUAAAUGGCUACUAGAUAACAUUUUGCCUGAUCAGAAAAUAAGAAUGGUCUCCAGAGCUUUUCAGGAUUUGAGCUUUCAGCCAAAUCUGCCAUGCAAGGAGCCUGUUGGUAGUAAAUUUUUGUCUGUGUUUGACAUAGUUUGGUUCAGAAAAUGAGCAGAGAGCAGAUUUCAGAGACAAUAUGAGAAAAUACUUGUGUUUUGGAUGAAUUUCAGUCCCUUGUGUAGCAUUUUGCUCUCUCUAUGCCCCUACUUCAGUGGACAUUAUAAGAAAAAAUGCCAUUAAGAUUGGGAGGGGAAAUGGCAUUAAAAUGUGGAGAUGCUCAAAUGCCACAGCAAUGGGGUCUGGAUAAUUCUCUAAGGCACCCUGAGGUUUGAAACAGCUGCUUGUUGGAAGUCCCAGAAGCAUUCUGCCAAAGACACCAGCUAGUCACUGAUGUUUCCAAUCCAACUGUCAAGCAGCAGCCAUCUCUGGUGGGCUGGAGUUUUGAGGUGUGUUCUAAUCCUGCCCUUUGCAGUGUGCCACUGAGCAAAGGGAAGAGCCAGAUUAAACAUGUGGCACUUGACAUCAAAGUUAUGAAAAUGGAAUCAUCCCUUUUGUUAGAAAUCCCUCCAUUUCUUCUCUAUGGUGCAUUUCCAAAUCUUCAGUGUGGGUUUAGACAACUUCUUAAUGGAAAUAAAAAGCAACUGGACAUUUCAUUCAUUGCUCAUGCAGAAAGUGAUUGUGCAAUAAUUUAGUAAAGGUACAAAGUCUGCCACAGGGACAAGGCUGUGGUUGGAGAAAUUAGUCCUGAGGGGUUGGUGGUUCUGUUUCCAGGAUGAUCAGCUGCUUUGCCCGUUUCUGGAUCAUGGGGCUCUGUGCUAUUUUGCUGAUCUUAGCCAGAAGGCUUCCAAUUAGCAAAUGCAGAGGUAGAUCCCUGUUUGCAUUAAGGCUGGUGGUUGAGAAGCUGUGUCUCUCUCCCGGCAGUGCUUGUGGAGUGGGUUUAUGCCAGGAGCCCUGAAGUGGUCCAGCACGACGCCCUGCCCGUGCUCUGGUCCUUCCUGGAGAACAAGGCGCUGCCGGUGCGAAGCGCCAAUGUCCGCACUGUGGCCACCAAGCUUGCCUCUGCCCUCUACAAGGUGAUGGGCACCAAGCUGAAGAGAUGUGCUGCCAGCCAGCCUCCACAUGUGCGGGAAAACCUCUCCAAAAUGUUGGGCUGGUGAAGGCAUGAUGUUCUCCAGAGAGAUGACAACGUGCUGAGUUGGACACCUCCAGAUCUGCCUUGUUAGCUGUGCCAAAAGAGACCAAAUGCUAAGGAAGGGUGUGCACCUGCCCCCUCUCUCUCCAUCGCCCUUCCUAGUCAUGGCAUGGGGGGCCUGAAGCAACUCCAGACUGAGGACAAGGUGAAGGCUGAUCAUGGCUCAGCCUCACACAGAGAUCGGACUGGUUACAGUCUUACUGAGAAGGUUCCUCUGGACAAUUCCCAUGGUGCCUUACCCACAAAGUCCUUGCCUGCUGUACAGAAGAGCUCUCUUUUCUCCAAGUUCAGGAAGAAGCUGCUGCCUGUAUGAAGAUUGUUUGAAGAAUAGGAUUUAUAUGUUAGGUUUUGUAGUAGAUGUACAUAUGUUCUGAUCCUUAGAUGUAGUUUUGAAUAAAUGUGUUUUGAUUGUAUCUUUAAAUCUUGAUUACAUAUUUUUAAUUGUAUAUAUUUUAUACUGAUGAUG